GGACUCUGUUGGUUUGAGCCUGUUCUGGCCCGACCAGCAUCCGAUGGCACGGCUGCUUGUGCCCUUCGCAAAUCUCUGGAGAGGGAACGCUCCAGGCAGUCAAACCUCUACUGGAAUCAUUUCUACGCCAACCACAACCAGAAUCAUUCCGCCGGCUUUCAGGAGGCACCCUCAUGUGUGAUAAGGCAUCCAAAAGACGAAAACUCACCCAAAUCUCCGCCUGCCGUGGGUGACCUUCAAGCAGCCUUCAACUCUCGAAUGCAGAACUUUGUUGCACGCUCCCGCGGACGCCAGCAGUGGAUACGUUCGAGCGCCCAAGAGCGGCAUCUUCGUCCAGAUAGUCAUGUUGGUCCCAGAAAACGACAACCAGGCUUAUCCGGGAAGCUUAGUGAAAACCCGAAACCAACAGCGUCGGAACCCAGCGAAGUGGUCGACCGAAAUAUGAAUAAUUUCCGUUGGAGUACGUUUGACUUUUUUGCGCUGAAUCCUUACCCUUUUCGUGAGUAUUAUAGUUAUUCUAAGAGGACUUGCACAUACAUCGCCCGGGAGAAGUGA